AUGUUUCUGAGACGAGCUUCAAUGCUUCCACGACGCUCGAGAACGGUCGUCACAGCCGUCAAGAGAGUCGUCAAUGCUAGACCACCAGUUUCUUCGACCAACAACGAAAAUGCCAGCCCUGCUACUAUAUCCAAUACCGACCAGCCUAGUACUGUAAGUGUGAGUAACUCCCAAAGCUACGGACAGCCCCUCAAUCGCGCUUUCAAAGGGUACGCCUUGGAGAGGUCUGGUCCUCGCACGAGCAAUUCCAUCCCACAGCAGCUGGACUCUGAAAUCAAUUGGGCAGUGUCUUUCAAAGGUCUGGGAUCCCGACCAUUUGACGACACCGUGCAAGUGGAACUCAGCAAACCAAUUUCUCCCGAAGACAUCGAAGUGAAGCCCGACGGAUUGCUGUAUCUCCCCGAAAUCAAGUACCGGCGAAUUCUCAACAAGGCAUUCGGCGCUGGUGGGUGGGGGCUAGUCCCAAGAUCAGAAACCACCGUCACAGACAAGUUAGUGACGCGAGAAUAUGCUCUUAUUUGUCAUGGCCAGUUGGUAAGUCUUGCACGCGGAGAACAAGACUAUUUUGCGGAUUCGGGAAUCCCUACUGCGACUGAGGGCUGCAAAAGUAAUGCGUUGAUGAGGUGUUGCAAGGAUUUAGGUAUUGGUUCCGAGCUGUGGGACCCAGUGUUUAUUAAACAGUUCAAGAAAGCCUACUGCGUGGACAAGUUCGUUGAGCAUGUAACAACCAAGAAAAAGCGCAAGAUAUGGUUGCGGAAAGACCGCGAAGUUGAGUAUCCUUAUAAAUAG